UGCAAGCGGAUGAUAAAGAUGAUGGUAAGAAUGGUCGAAUUAAAUAUAGCUUAGAUGAUGAUAAUUUUACAAUCAAUGAUCGAGGAGAAAUAUCUGCUCGAACACGUUUGGAUGCAGAUCAAAAUCGAGAACGCUUCUUUAUCUAUCGUUUCAAUGUUACAGCAACUGAUUUCGGUGAACCAUCACUUAGUAGUAGUGCUGUGGUGCAUAUUCGUACAGAAAAUUCAAAUGAUGAAGCGCCAAUAUUCAUCCCAAAUGCAACUUAUCAUGCAUUCGUUGCUGAGGAUGCUCAAAGUGGUACACCGAUAGUGCAAAUUCAAGCAAUUGAUCCGGAUCGAGAUCAGGUUUUUUAUACAUUUCUACUAUCAAAUGGUGAAGAAACAUUAACAACUGAGCUGUUUGAGAUUGAUCGUGAUACAGGAUUGAUUAGACUUGGAGCAAACGUAAAACCGGAAAAUCUUAUACACGAAGAAUCACCGUACAAUUUAACGGUGGUAGCGCGUGAUGAUGGAUCAUGCUGUGGACAAGUUGCAAGCCUGAUUCACAUGCAAACUGCUACAGUUAUUAUUGAUAUCGCAGAUGUAAACAACAACAAACCAGAAUUUCGUGAGUGUGACACUUAUAGUAGUAUUGCUAAAAUUGAGGAAGGUGAUUAUAAGACUAAUGCACCUGUAAUUUUGAAGGUAGUUGCAACUGAUGAAGAUUCACCACCAAAUGGUGAAAUUGUUUACUCAUUAUACUAUUCACAGUCUGAAUCACGUAAACCAUUUAUCAUAAAUUCCGAAACCGGUGAAUUAAAACCAUCACCAUUUGUGCGCUUUGAUCGUGAACAAAGAGCGCUAGAAGAAGUUACAGUAAAAGCAACAGAUAAAGGUGAAAGGCCGUUGAUUGGUUUCUGUCAAUUCACUGUACAGGUUCUUGAUGUAAACGAUAAUGCGCCGCAAUUUGAUCGAGCAUUUUAUGAAACUUCAAUUUCGAGAAGUGUUAACAUCGGCUAUUCGGUGAUAACUGUGUUUGCGGAUGACGCUGAUGCGCCACAAAAUGCGCAAAUAACCUACUCGUUAGCUCAGGAUACAUUAGCUGGAAAGAAGCAUCGUAAAGAUUUCAAAUUUUUUCAAAUAAUCAAUGAAAAUAGUGGUGAAAUCACAUUAGCCAGCCAAAUUCCACCAUAUAAAGAUCGUUUUGUUUUCAAUGUUGUAGCAGAUGAUAAUGGGAAACCGUUUGUGCAACGAAGUGCAGUGCAAGUUGUCGUAAAUAUCCAUGAAAAGCAACAAAGUGCACCGCAAUGGCAAAUAAAUGAUAAAUGUAAGACGAUUGUUACAGUGGAUGAAGAUAUUCCUAUUAAUUCGGUGCUCUUUCGAUGUUUAGCCAUUCCGGGAGAUGGCCUAAAAAGUCCAAUUUCGUAUAAGAUGGCAAAUGGUGCCAGUCGCGGUACCAAUCAUGACAUGCAUUUUCGUGAAUUUUUAGAGAAAACAAAUGGACAAGAUUGGGUUGUUGUUAGGAAU